UCUCAUUGCGUCAGGCAACAACAUGCUUCUGAUAGGGGGGAAAUCACUCCCGUGUUUCAGCUGAGUUUGAUUUUAUGAGUUUGUUUGGGUUUGUCGCUGGGUUGAUCAAAUUCAGAGGAUCUCAUAGUUCAGCUCGUCUUCUCGGAACCGACAUGUGUAAAGAACCAAAGACCAGACUGUUCCGUUUGUCGCCGCCAAACUCCAACGGGGCUUCGGUUCCUCAGGAGACCCAGACAGAUAAUUCGGAAAUCCUGAGCUGCACAGUGAAGGCUUUAAAGGAUGGUCACGUUGUUGCCGUGCCCACAGACACCAUUUACGGCCUGGCAUGCUUGGCCCAAAACUCUGAGGCUGUCAAAAAAAUCUAUGAAAUCAAAGAAAGGAACGGACAGAAGCCGCUGGCGAUUUGUGUGGGAGAAAUUCAGGAGAUCUAUCAGUACUGUAAGGUGAAGGUGAAAGAGGAGCUUCUGAGGGAUCUGCUGCCUGGCCCCGUCACUCUGGUGUUGGAAAGGUCUGAAGAGCUGAACAGAAACCUCAAUCCUUUCACAUCACUCGUAGGCGUUCGUAUCCCUGAUCAUCCCUUUAUGAGGAGCCUUUGCCAGAUGUGUGAGGAACCUUUGGCUCUGACCAGCGCCAACAUCAGCUCCCAGACAAGCACACUGGUGGUACAGGAGUUUGAGGAGCUCUGGUCUAAGCUAGCAGUGGUGGUGGACGGAGGACCAAUAAGAGACCAGAGCCGGCAGGGGUCAACAGUGGUCGACCUGUCAGUGCUUGGUAAAUACCGGGUCAUCAGACCGGGCUGUGCCCUUUCUGCAACGGUUGACGUGUUGAAGCACAAAUAUGGACUGUCAGACUACUCGGGGGAGGAAUGACCUUUAAACCCCACGCACUCCAAACGCACACUAAGACGCACGGUCAGCUCUAACCCAGAGAUAUUCAGGAAGGCAAGAAGGGAAGAACUGGACAUUCCCGUGGAAAAACAAACUAAUGACAGAAACACAGAAGGAAAAGUGCUGUCAGAAUCUUCUCAUACUUCUGUUUCUUUGUGAGGUAACUUUUAUAUUUUUUUGCUGUAAUUUUAUUCAAGGGGUUGAUCAGAGGUUCAGGCUGUUUUUGUUCAGUCAAUUCAGACAUAGCAUAAACAAGCCGAGUUUGUAAUAUUUUGUUUUUAAAGCUCUUUGUGUUUAUAAUGUGCCUGAAUUAUCCUUUAUAACAAUGCAAAGGGUUAAACUUUAAUUAACUGUAUUUUGUUACCUAGCAUCAGUUAUUUUCUUUAUACUGUAAAGUUUGAGACUCCUGCUGCAUCUCAUUAUUUUAAUUAGAAAUAAAAGGUCCUAAUAUAAAUAAAUAUAUAUACAUAUCCAUCUGCAUUCUUGCAU